GAAGAGAAUUGCAGUGCUACAAAGAGGCAACAAGCUGACAUUCCUAGAGAAACAUGGAUGGAGCUGGAAAUCUGACAAUAUCUUCUGCCAGUAAUAUUACUUGCAAUGACACUAUUGAUGACUUCCGCAAUCAAGUGUAUUCUACCUUGUACUCUAUGAUCUCUGUUGUGGGCUUCUUUGGCAACGGCUUUGUGCUCUAUGUCCUCAUAAAAACAUAUCAUGAGAAAUCAGCCUUCCAAAUAUACAUGAUUAAUUUAGCGGUAUCAGAUCUACUGUGUGUGUGUACACUGCCUCUCCGCGUGGUCUAUUAUGUUCACAAAGGCAUUUGGUUCUUUGGUGACUUUUUGUGCCGCCUCAGCACCUAUGCCUUGUAUGUCAACCUCUAUUGUAGCAUCUUCUUUAUGACAGCCAUGAGCUUUUUCCGGUGCAUUGCAAUUGUUUUCCCAGUCCAAAACAUUAAUUUGGUUACACAGAAAAAAGCCAGAUUUGUAUGUGUUAGCAUUUGGAUUUUUGUGAUUUUGACCAGUUCUCCAUUUUUAAUGUCCACACCUUACAAAGAUGAGAAAAACAAUACCAAGUGCUUUGAGCCUCCACAGGAUAAUCAAGCUAAAAAUCAUAUUUUGGUCUUGCAUUAUGUGUCAUUGUUUAUUGGAUUUAUAAUUCCUUUUAUUAUUAUAAUCAUCUGUUACACAAUGAUCAUUUUGACCUUACUAAAAAAUUCAAUGAAGAAAAACCUAUCAAGUCGUAAAAAGGCUAUAGGAAUGAUUAUAAUCGUAACAGCUGCCUUUUUGAUCAGCUUCAUGCCAUAUCAUAUCCAACGUACCAUCCACCUUCACUUUUUACACAAUGAAACUAAACCUUGUGAUUCUGUCCUUAGAAUGCAAAAGUCAGUGGUCAUAACCUUGUCUCUGGCUGCAUCAAAUUGUUGUUUUGACCCUCUCCUAUAUUUCUUUUCAGGGGGGAACUUUAGGAGAAGGCUGUCUACAUUUAGAAAGCAUUCUUUGUCCAGCAUGACUUAUGUACCCAAGAAGAAGGCCUCAUUGCCAGAAAAAGGAGAUGAAAUAUGUUAAGAAUAGUGUAAACCCAUCUCCAAUGCAAAUCAAUGAAAAAGAGAUUCUCGAGCAAGUAUUUUCUUAAAUAAUUUAUAAUAAAAAUAACAAUUUCCAUUAAUAAUUUACAAGUAAUUAAAUGUGUGCCUAUAAAUCUCUCUCAUUUAUGCAUCCACAUUAUUAGAGGUCCAAAAAGAAUUUUAAGUGUUAAAGUUAUAGUCCACAACUAUUAACUAAAUUAUGUAUUUGAUCAUUUGCCAAAAGAUGAAGAAUAUUUGUGUAUUGGCACUCAAAAAAUGGGUCCAAGAUCAAGGUUUUCUGCCUCAAUUAAAAGGUAAGAACUAGCCUUUUAAAAUAUAAAAUUAGCAAAUAGUUCUCAAUCAUACUAACAUAUCUCUUUGCAUGUAUGCCAUCAAAUGAGAACUAAAAUGACCCAUCAGCUAAAUAAAAUGUACUACCACCUUCUUCCUUUGUAGUAUUGACUGGAUAGGCAAAGUAAGGCUAUUUACUCCAUAAAAGAGAAUGUGCAAGUGCUAGAACAGCCUAGUAGUCAGCCAAAAGCUCCUAAAGGCUCUAUGCAAUGUACAGUCUGUAAACUGAAGAAAAUAAACCUGGUCAAAGUCCAGGUUGUAUCCAAUUUUCUUCUGCUGCUUACUCAGGCCAUCAAAAGAGAAUGAUGGAGUUUUUGUUAAUUUUUGAGGUUCUUAUAGGGAAUUAUCUCCCUACAUGACACACAGACCUUCCUUAAGAAACCAGACAACUGGCAUUCCUAUAUUUGAACAGAAGUAAUUAAAAAUCUAUCUAAAGAAGAUGGAAAGGGGUCUACUUUCUACAUGCUUAUUACUGGGAUCAAAUUUAACUAAAAUGGGUUUUAAGUAAAAAUUUACAAGUUUAUAUUAUAAAUUGU